CCCGCCGCCCUCGGUCGCCCCCCAGGCCGUAGCUAUGGCCCCUCCGAGCGGCGGCGGACCCCCGGGCCUCGGCGGCCGCCCUGCCUGCGCGCUGCUCCUGCUCUGCUACCUGAAUUUUGUACCGUCUUUGGGCAGGCAGACUUCCUUGACUACGUCAGUGAUACCCAAAGCUGAGCAGAGCAUGGCUUACAAAGACUUUAUUUAUUUUACUGUCUUUGAAGGAAAUGUUCGCAAUGUCUCCGAAGUCUCGGUUGAAUAUUUAUGCUCUAAGCCAUGUGUUGUCAAUUUGGAAGCGAUUGUUUCAUCUGAGUUCAGAAGUAGCAUUCCUGUGUACAAAAAAAGGUGGAAGAACGAGAAACAUCUUCACACCAGCAGGACACAAAUAGUGCAUGUGAAAUUUCCAAGCAUCAUGGUUUACAGAGAUGAUUAUUUCAUCAGAAAUUCUAUUUCGGUAUCCGUGGUGAUACUACGCGCCUGGAUUACUCACAAAUAUAGUGGUGGCGACUUGAAUGUUAAAUGGGAGGAAAACUUGCUACAUGCUGUAGCAAAGAAUUACACUCUGCUGAAGACAGUCCCGCCUUUCGAACGCCCUUUCAAAGAUCAUCAAGUGUGCCUUGAGUGGAACAUGGAUUAUAUUUGGAACCUCUGGGCAAACAAGAUUCCCCAGUGUCCUCUUGAAAAUGAUGUGGUCGCCCUCCUUGGCUUUCCCUAUGCCUCCAGUGGGGAAAACACAGGCAUCGUGAAGAAGUUCGCGAGGUUUCGGAACCGAGAGCUGGAGGCCACCCGACGCCAGAGGAUGGAUUACCCAGUGUUUACUGUUUCAUUGUGGCUUUAUUUACUUCAUUAUUGCAAGGUCAAUCUCUGUGGGAUUCUGUAUUUUGUUGAUUCUAAUGAGAUGUAUGGAACGCCUUCUGUGUUUCUCACUGAAGAAGGCCACUUGCAUAUUCAAAUGCACCUUGUCAAAGGAGAAGACUUGGCUGUGAAAACUAAAUUCACCAUACCUUUGAAGGAGUGGUUUCGGCUGGAUAUCUCUUUUAACGGAGGCCAGAUAGUAGUAACCACCAGCAUUGGGCAGGACUUGAAAAGCUACCAUAAUCAGACCAUUAGCUUUCGGGAGGAUUUCCAUUACAAUGACACUGCUGGCUACUUCAUUAUUGGAGGGAGCAGGUAUGUGGCUGGCAUCCAAGGGUUUUUUGGCCCUCUGAAGUACUACCGCCUCCGCACUCUGGACCCUGCCCAGAUUUUUAAUCCCCUCCUUGAGAAGCAACUUGCUGAACAAAUCAAAUUAUAUUAUGAAAGGUGUGCUGAGAUUCAAGAAAUAGUGUCUGUGUACACAUCCACGGUACAACAAGGGGGCGAGAGGCAAGAAGCAUGUGACCUCUGGAACUCCUACCUGGCCCUGAAGCACAGGUAUGGGAGCCCAUCUAUGUGCAAAGCGUUUCCUUGGGAGAAGGAGCUGAAAGAUAAACACCCCAGCUUGUUCCAGGCCUUGCUGGAGAUGGAUUUGUUGACUGUGCCAAGAAACUCAAAUGAAUUCAUAUUAGAAAUCGGUGGGAGGAUAUUUGAGAAGGCUAUAAAGAGACUCUCCAGCGUUGAUGGGCUUCACCAAAUUAGCUCUGUUGUCCCCUUUCUGAUGGAUUCCAGCUGCUGUGGAUACCAUAAAGCAUCCUACUACCUCACAGUCUUUUAUGAAACUGGAUUAAAUGUACUCCAAGACCAGCUGCAGGGCAUGUUGUAUAGUUUGGUUGGAGGGCAGGGCAGCGAGAGGCUAUCUUCAAUGAAUCUUGGGUACAAACACUACCAGGGCGUUGACAACUACCCCCUGGACUGGGAACUGUCCUAUGCCUACUACAGCAACAUUGCCAUGAAGACGCCCCUUGACCAGCACACGCUACAGGGAGAUCAGGCAUAUGUUGAAACAAUUAGACUGAAAGAUGAUGAAAUACUCAAAGUACAAACCAAGGAAGAUGGAGACGUCUUUAUGUGGUUGAAGCAUGAAGCCACCCGAGGCAGUGCAGCAGCUCAGCAACGAUUGGCCCAGAUGCUGUUCUGGGGGCAGCAAGGUGUGGCCAAGAACCCCGAGGCAGCAAUCGAGUGGUAUGCCAAGGGCGCACUGGAGACGGAGGAUCCCGCGUUAAUAUAUGACUACGCCAUUGUGUUAUUCAAGGGUCAAGGAGUGAAAAAGAACAGACGGCUUGCUUUAGAGCUGAUGAAGAAGGCAGCUUCCAAGGGAUUGCAUCAGGCAGUCAAUGGCCUGGGAUGGUAUUACCACCAAUUCAAGAAAAAUUAUGCCAAAGCAGCAAAGUACUGGUUAAAAGCAGAAGAAAUGGGGAAUCCAGAUGCAUCGUACAAUCUUGGAGUCCUGUAUUUAGAUGGCAUUUUCCCAGGCGUCCCUGGAAGGAAUCAAACUCUCGCUGGUGAAUAUUUCCAUAAAGCAGCACAAGGCGGACACAUCGAAGGGACCUUGUGGUGUUCUCUCUACUAUAUCACUGGCAACCUGGAGACGUUCCCUAGAGAUCCCGAGAAAGCUGUUGUAUGGGCAAAGCACGUAGCUGAGAAAAAUGGCUACUUGGGCCAUGUCAUUCGCAAAGGCCUCAACGCCUACCUGGAGGGCUCAUGGCACGAAGCUUUGCUGUAUUAUGUUUUAGCAGCAGAAACUGGAAUUGAAGUGUCACAGACAAAUUUAGCACACAUCUGUGAGGAGAGGCCAGACCUGGCCAGGAGAUACCUGGGUGUUAACUGUGUUUGGCGAUACUAUAAUUUCUCUGUUUUUCAAAUCGAUGCUCCUUCAUUUGCGUAUUUGAAAAUGGGAGACCUUUACUACUAUGGCCACCAAAACCAGUCACAAGACCUAGAGUUGUCUGUGCAGAUGUAUGCCCAAGCAGCACUGGAUGGAGACUCCCAGGGAUUUUUUAACCUGGCCCUGCUAAUUGAGGAAGGUGCUAUAAUCCCACACCAUAUUUUGGAUUUCUUGGAAAUUGACUCAACCAUAUAUUCUAGUAAUUUCUCCAUUCUCCGGGAGCUGUACGAAAGGUGCUGGAGCCACAGUAACGAGGAGUCCUUCAGCCCCUGCUCCCUGGCCUGGCUUUACCUUCACUUGCGGCUUGUCUGGGGUGCCCUCCUGCACUCUGCCCUGAUCUACUUUCUGGGGACCUUCCUCCUGUCCGUAUUGAUCGCCUGGACUGUGCAGUAUUUCCAGUCUGUCUCAGAAUCCUCCCUUCUUGGAUCUUGAUGAAGGUGGCAAGAUGAGGGCUUGGAUGCUGGUGCAACCAGCAGACUGACUCAGCCAGUUUCCCAGGCUUCAAAAAGCUGCCUUCUCUGCCUCAUUGCAUCUUAAAAGCACUCUCCCUGUUGUGCCAAGCAUAAUGGGUUUAAUGGACUCAGGCUUUUGAAAAACAAAAAUCUGGAAGCAAAGUGUGUUUGAGCCAUCUCCACUUCUACCCUGCCACAAAACCUCCCCUAAGGCCAGAAGAAAGGAGCCUGGCUGGCUGCCCAAAGGGAGAGAGACCAAGGGAAGAGUAGAGAGAGAAAAAUAGAAAUGACUAUUUCAAAGCAAGAGUCCUACUUUACUAGUAUUAAUGUAAACUUUACAUCUAAAUAGAAUACACAGUAUAGAGUGAGAU